AUGUUUUUGAAAGGAGUUGAUAAGAAAAAACAGUUCUGGAGAUUCUUCGGUGGCAAUCUUGCAGCUGGUGGCGCAGCUGGUGCUACGUCUUUGCUCUUCGUAUAUCCACUUGACUUCGCAAGAACGCGUCUUGCUGUCGAUAUCGGUAAGGGAAAAACUCGAGAGUUCCAGGGUCUGACCGAUUGCAUAGUGAAAGUGUUCAAGUCUGAUGGACCUAUCGGUCUCUACAGGUGAUU